GGGUGAAAUUACGAGGGUCCUGUACGAGAUCGCUUGCAGUGGUUAGUGAUAUGUCAUCGCCGUGGAAUGCAAAAGCGUUCAGAUAAAGUGAAUAGAAGAGGACGCACCGGACUGUGCGCAAUAAAGGAAUACUCUAAAGAAUAAAGGAAUAAGGAAGAGCAGUCAAAUAAAUCGUUGAUGGGCUGAUAAAGGCAUUCAUCAUCUCCGGCGCAGAAUCAGCUGUCUUCUCGCCUACGCAGGACACAGGGCAGGGCAAGCGGAGGCCGAAAUGGUCCUGGAGAUUCAGGGAGGAUGGCAGCCCCGCAGCGACCCCCCCGCGCCCUUACCCAGCUCACAAGGCACACGGUGAAUGGCUUCCGGUACCAGGUGGCUAUGAUCACCAAGGGCCGCGAGGUAUUUGUGCAGGUGGUUGAGUGGCUGUACCAAGGGGGGCCGUGUGUCAAGAGUCAUUUCCUUAGUUUGGGAAACGCGAGAACAGACUACAAGCGGAAGUUUAACAGCGAACAGAGAAAUCUGCUAGAGAACGGUGCCCCGUUUAAGCAGUACGACAUCUCCCUGCUCUAUAUCAUUCUCCAACUCAUGUGUGGACUGGCUGGUUCCAAUGACCCUGCCUGGACCUCCCCCCCGGCAGGUCAGCCUCUAGAGCACCUCCUGUAUAAGGUUAAGCAGAAGAGGAACAACAUAGCACACACGAAUGACGUGCAGCAGAUGUCGGACCAAAGGCUGACGAAGGAAUUGAGGAAGCUCGGCUGCUUAUUCUCCAGGAUCCUUCGACUGGCCGGGAACCGACGCGGGAUCCGACCCCACAUCUUUCGGGACGAGAUCUGGGGAAUCAAACAGGAUUUUCGGGACCUCCUGCGGAAAGUCAGAGAGCCCCUCCAAGCUACUGACCUGAACGAACUGCCGCAACUACAGCAAGAAAUUAGAAUAUUUCAGGAUAUACUUCGGCAGAACGUGGAGCAGGAGAGUCGACGAGAGUUGUUUGAUUUCUACCCUCAGCUGUGGGACGUGACUCUCGCUCAGUGGCUGUAUCCUGAUCUGAAAAUCCAACCUAGUCUAAAUUUCACCAACCUUGUAAUCGUGGAAGACACGUCCACUCUGUCACCAUCUCAGGAGCAGAAGUAUCAGCCUUGCAACAUUUCCCACGAGAAUCUGCUGCAGGUUAAGCAGCGAAAUGGUCGCCUGCCUGAAGUGAUCAUAAUAUCAGGCGAAGGAGGAAUAGGGAAGACCACGCUGCUGAAGCACAUGCUGGAGAUGUGGGUGAGAGAUCCUUUGCAAAUUGAGGGGCUUCAAGACGUUUCUCCGCUGCUUUACCUACAGCUGCGAGGCUGCACAAUCAGCAGUUGGAGUGACCUGCUGAAGCAUCUCCUUCAUAACACAUUUCAGGGAUCUGGACUUACCACUGAUAUCUUUGCAGGUUUAUUCCAGACAAUGCAAGUUGUUAUCCUGUUAGACGGUUAUGACGAAGUGAGCAAGAAGGCUAAGAAAUUGAUAACCGAUCUUCUGAACAUUCGUGGCAACGUGCGCAUUGUGAUAACCACGAGACCAGGCUGUGCAAAAGAGCUAACUCAAAUCAUGAGGAGCAAGACGAAUGUAAUGAAUGUUGAAAUCAAAGGAAUACGCAGAGAAGACCGACCGUACUUUAUUGAAAACAGUCUGUGUGCGUUUGUACAGUGUCCUAUCCUUAUAACCAACUUGAAAGACAAAAUAGUGACAAUUCUUGAAAACAUGGACUUUGAGAAGGAUGGACUUGAUGUCCCACUCACUCUGAUCCUACUGAUCAUCCGAGAGGUCGUGGCACCAGACCAGAGUUCACAGGACGUCUUUGAAGAUUUGACAAGGCUCAUGAUAGGCAAGGUUGAAGAGAGAUUGAUAGUGAAAGGCAUCGAUGAUGCUGACGAUAAAGUUAAAGAGUAUCAUGAAUUUCAAAAGAAAGUGGCUCUCAGAGGUCUGAAGAGACGAGAACACGACUUACUGAGCGAAACAGUAGAGGAUUUAAAGGAAAAGUGCUCUGCACUGAACUUACCCUACAAGGAAAUGUUUUCAGGCUUUCUUGUGUCUAAGAAAUCGCGAGAAGGUCUUUUUAUCUUUUCCAUUUGGUCCUUCCCACACAACCGAUUCCAAGAACACUGGGCCGCUGGUUAUGUAGUUACACAGCUAUUAAGGAUGUCUCAUUCUCUGCCAGACUUGACAGGUUUGCUGGAUUCACCCUGUCUACCUAAUUUUAGUGAUAAGAAUUACGCAUCGCAUUUCAAUCGUAUGAAUAACAUAGAAUUAGAGUUUUCUGAAAAUCCCAUUCUUGAAAUCUAUUCAGAAGAUGCCAAUGAGGCAAGGCAACUGGCAUAUUCGGCGACAACAAAACCAAAGUCGGAUGUAUUAAUGGAAGUCCUCGCUGACAUGACACGCACAUUAUCCUUGUCACAGCAAAACCUUCUGGAUAAAGUCGCCACAGCCAUCAUCAGCCUCGUCUUAUAUGGUAACAAUAAUUAUAUAGAGACUGCAAAUAGAAGCCAGAGAUAUUACCAAAUGGUCAUGGCAUCAGGACAGCAUGCAGGUAUAGUGAAGGCAAGUGCUAGGGUACUGAGCGAAGUUGAAAGCCUUGACGUUAAGGAAACCUCUCUGCCCGGUUUGUUACCCAUACUGGACCACCUCAAGACUCGCUGUGUGCGCGUUCAUACCCUCCGCGACACGCCGAAACUCCCGUCAAGUAAGGUCCUGUCUGCGAUGAGAGAUUUGGCCAGAAAGGACGUCGAGAUAGAGCUGAAGUGUUUAUUGAAGCAGUCUGCAGAGUUUUCUGAGUUGUGCCUUGAGGCGGCCACAGAUCCAGGAAGUCGUUCCCGACUGACGAGGUUCGAAGGUUUCUUAUCAGAAAAGGGAAUGCAGCUUCUGCCGGAGAGCCUGGAGGAGCUCAUAACCAGGUCUGACGUAGAAGGGAUGCGCGCUCUGCAGGCAAGGCUCCCUUACCUGCCGAAUCUUCAGACUCUAGAUUUCGGUGGGCGCCUGACAGCAGCUGAGAUGCCCCUCCUUCCCACUAUGCUUGAGGAACUGAGGGUCACGACCGACGGAGAGGGACUGAAGGCGCUGGCGAGGAGGCUCCCGCGUCUGAAAAAGCUGCGGUUUCUCUGUUUCGAGGGCCGCCUGACGGAGGCAGAGAUGCCCUUUCUCCCCAGCGGUGUCAGGAUGGCGUGGGUCGAGACGGACGGGCAAGGCCUAAGGACUCUGGCGAGGAAGCUUCCGCAGUUGAAGCUCCUCUAUGAUCUAGACAUACGGCUGCUGGAGUGUCCUUCGGCUGACUCCCUGCCCCCCCUCCCCUACGAGGGCUCCAACCUGACGCUGGACCUACAGGGCCUGUCGCCCCUGCCGCGCCCUUGGGUGUGCGACGCCGUGUGUGCGCUCUGCUCCGCGCGCAGACGUAGCACGCGGCUCCUCCUCCCCCCCGCCUGCGACGAUGCGUUGGUGGAGAGCAUCAAGCAGGAGCUCGAAGGCCGCGGCGCUAGGUUCCCUCCGCUCGCCAAGGGGAUAAAGUUCCACUUCGAGGACGAGGCAGAGGCACAGCAGCCCCUCGAGCUCCCUCCCGCGCAGGCGCCGCCCCUCCCGCGGCGCUGGCUGUACUGGGCUCUCGUCGUCGGUGUCGUUUUGGUGGCUUGGCUGAUAGCUGUGCUGUUUCCAUGAGUAUUAGGACACACGCGCACACAAUACUGGUAGCCGGAGUGCCCAGCUUCCCUCGUAUGAAAUUAUUUUUAUCUGUAGCUCAGCUGAAAAAAUACAUGUAUA